GGGUGUGUAGAGAAAGAGCAGGCCGAAGCCCAUUAGGCCCAAUUAAAAGCCCAGAGUUUUCUACUUAUUUUGGCCCGCUCUUCGUCGUCUUCCUUAUUCCGACUCCGAGCUCAUGGAACUCCCGUCGCCGUCGUCAUCUACAUACCGGACAUCAUCGUCGAAAUCCGGUCGUUGCGAAAAGUUUAUCAACAGAGUAAUUUGGCCUGCGAUUCGAGGAAAGUCUUGCCCCAUAUGCUUGGAAAGCCUUCAUAUCCAAACCUCGGCGGUUCUGACUCUGUGCACCCACGCUUUCUGCGAGGUAUGUAUACGCAGAUGGAGCUAUCUGAAACGGAAAUGCCCUCUUUGCAUCGCUGAUUUUGAUUCUUGGUUCUCACGUAUCGAUCUCUCCUCUCAAAACUUCCGUAAACACCGUUUACCAGCUCUAAAUACAACUAGUUCUACACAGUUCCGCUUACAAGAACAACAUUCGAAUUUUAGGACAGUGAUAAGUUCUCUACGACGGCGAUCAUCGCCUUUGCCGUGGCGGCGGUCGUUUGGACGGCCGGGCUUAGUGGGUUCUGAUGUUAUUGCUCAGAGAAAACUUCGAUGGCGAUCAAGCAUAUAUGAGAAGCAAUUGAAAGCGGUUCCUAUAACACCAAUGGAGAAUGUUGAACAGAAUAUGUCAUUGAACAAUGGUGUAAAAGAAAGAAUACUAGGAAGAAUAGAACCAUGGAUAAGGAGAGAGCUACAAGCAGUCCUUGGAGACCCAGAUCCAUCUGUGAUUGUUCAUGUGGCUUCCUCACUUUACAUUGCUACCCUUGAAAAGAAGAUUCAGUUUUCUUCAACACAGCUUGAUUUGAGAGACAAUUUUUUGGAUGAAUUGCGGCCAUUUCUGCUCGAUAAAACUGACAUGUUUUGGCAUGAAGUAAGGUGUUUUGCAGAGAGUUCAUUUACAAUUGAAACAUACGAUGCUGUGAUUGAAUAUACAGAGUAGUGAUUGCAAUGCAUUCAUCCAUGAGAUCCAUUCAAAUAGAGGUGCAUCAUUUGGGCUAGUUGGCAUCUCUAAAUUUUAUGGCAACAGCAAAGAACAUACUGAGAAACUGGAAAUUCUUUAAAAGAGAAGCUCAGCAUGUUUUAGUUAAAUGUGGAAUUAGAUUUUAUAGGUUUCAUUUCGGAGUGUUCCUUUCCUGUAAUAUAAACUUAAGCAUAAACAAAAAGUGGCCAGCUUCUUUGUGCAAAUUUCUUUGAAAUCUUAUCAUUCAGUCAGAAUUACAAUCA